CUGGACUACCUGGGCAGCUCACUGCUGCUGCUGGGCGACCUCUCGCUGGCGCUCAGCUUCGCGACCUGGUGCGAGGAGUGCUGUCGCCGACGCCGCAAGGCGGCCCGCACCAGCCCGCGCCAUCCCAGCAUCAGCACCGUGUACGUCGACUGGCCCCCGCCCGCGCUCACGCCCGCCAUCAAGUACUACAGCGACGGCCAGCACCGGCCGCGGCCCGCCGAGGCCGGCCCCGCCGCUGCCAGGCCCAAGGUGGGCUUCCCCAUGCCGCGGCCGCCGCCCAAGACCUACACCAACCCAGUGGACGUGCUCGACGGGGAGGCGGGGGCCGGCUCCCAGGGCGCCUCCUCGCGCAGCACCCGGCCCUGCCAAAGCUCCCUGCCCUGCGACUCCGACCUGUAGGCGGCGCCCGCCAGCCUUGACGGGGGACUCGCCGCCACUGUCCAGCUGUAAGCCCUAGAAACAUCUGGCUACCCUGUCGCUGGGAACACCUGGCUACCUUGCCGCUGGAACACCUGGCUGGGAGUCGGACCCCUGGACCCCUUUCCUGUUCCUGUACAUGGUUUGGAGGGGGAUGGUCCUUUCCUGCAGCCAACUGGACUCCGUGGACGAUGGACUCAGGUUGGGUUGGGCUUUCUUUUUACAGAGGUUAGUUUUUCUCUCCAGAGGGACCAGAGGCCUCUCAUAGAGUGACAGACUUUUCCUACUUUUAGCUGAAGGACAGAGAGCGACUUUGCAUCGUGUUGACUGGGGACAAUAACAAGUCCACAUCAGCAAAUUUAGAGGCUCAAAAACUAUCUGACACCUUGCAACAAUAUUCUGAAAUGCCGAUGAACUUUGCAUCAACGUAAUUAAACAUUAUUAAUUUCUUCCUGCUGUAUAAUUACUUUUCAAGCAAACGCUCAGAGACCCGUGUGUUUCUGGCUAUGUAUGAAUGAGGCUCUUAAAAGUAAAUGCAGAGCCAUGCAAAUACCAGCAGCGUUAGUGGCUUUUAUGGCAUGAAAUGACCUGAUUAACCUAUAUUUACGUUUCUUUAUGUACACCUAGCAUUUAUCUUUUUUUAUCACUUAUGUUUGGUGUGAAAGUUGAGGUCACACCAGAGUUUCCCUUUUAGAAGCCAAAGAAGAAUGAAAGGACUAAUGCUAUACUGUUGUGUCCCUUGGCUACCUCACCCUAGAGAGAGAGGACCAGGGAUUAAACAUUUGGUGCAGAAUGGAACAUGUUGAUCACUUUAGGUUAAAGUACACGUGUUUAUGUAUCUCUCAUUUAUAAAUAAAAUUUGAAAGUAAGACUCUCA